AUGGAGCCACCCACGCACAUUCACGCCCUUCCUGACGAUGUUCUCACGAGGAUUUUUUGGCACUUCGAGCAGCCAGAGCCUAGAAAAGCCAUUCGUCAGGAAAUUAAGACGCCGUUACCCAUUCCUCCUCCCUCUGCGGACGCUCACCGUAUUCUCCUCGUGGCGGCCGUCUGCCGUCGCUGGCGCGGUCUCACUCAGCGUUGCGUCUCCGCGCUUCUCGUCCGAGACAAUCUCGUCGUGUCUCGCCAGGCUCUCGCGAGUGCUGUCGCUGCCUUACCGAACCUGACCCAUCUUCACCUGUGCGACGGCAGCGUCGAGACUCUCGACGACGCCUUCCUCGCUCACCACGCGUCGUCAUGUCCCAACCUCGCCAUCCUCCACGUCGGAAGCAGAAUAACGCCUGUGGAUUGCAUACGCGGUUAUGACGCUCAACUCGGAAAGGACGAGCACCCUCCCAUCACAGAAGCUGGCUUGGAUCGCUUCUUUCGGCAGAGCACUCGGCUAGAGCAGCUUGCUCUUUACUGCCACGACCCGUCUGUCGAAUUCCCCGCGUCCUUCUUUCAGCUGCCGCGUCUGCACACUCUCGCGCUCACACAUGCUUCGCCGCUCGAAGCUCCCGAUUUAAGUAACCUUUCAUCCCUCACCAGCCUGCAUUUUCCCUCCGGAGAUAUUAACUACGAGCAAGUGGCAAGCGUCGCUCGCCUCCCACGCAUCACCACCUUGUCAAUCUCAGAUGAAGCCUCAGUUUACCGUGGUGACGGCUUUGCACGUGACUUCGACAUGGCACAGAUGCCUCUGCUCAAGUCGUUACAAUUCGUCCAGAUGCUCCCUGCUGCAUCGCCAUGUACCAGCCUAGAACGGCUGGAGAUCGUAAACAAGAACCUGAUCGGACACUUAGAUAAGCUUUCGCCAGACCUGCUGACCUAUCAACUCGGAAAGCUGAUGCCGAGUCUUCGCGAGCUGAGCCUUCGCCAGAGAUUCGCUGCUGAGUACGUUCCUGGUCAUAUCACCACUCUGCCUGUCACUUCUCUAACUGUCUUGGAGAGCCUGACACUUUUCGAGUGUAACCGGCUUUCCAGCCUGCCCGAGGAGAUCGGCUGCUUGCAUGCCCUGAAGACCCUCGUGCUGCACAGGCUGCCUCUCGUGGCCCUCCCGGACUCCCUCUGCCACCUGCCUUCCCUCGAGACAUUCUUCCUCAUUGAAUGCAUCACCAGCCGGCAGCUCCUCCAGCUGCCCGCAGAUUUCUGCUGCCUCACGUCGCUCCAGUCUCUCGCUAUUCUGAGGAUGCCGCGGGUGAGGCUUCCGGAGAACAUUGGAGAGCUUCCAAGGCUGCACACUCUCUACCACGUGGCUGAUCUGCCGGACGUCUCCAUGCUGCCUUGGCUGAGAAAGCUCUCCUUGAAGCUGGUUGGUGCGGAGGAGAGGAUGGGUGUUAGCAGCAGCUUGGCGCGCGUGAAGCAGCUGGAGUUGGCGCUGCAGGAGGAGGCUGUGGAGCUGCCGUUCUCCCUUGCACUGCUCCCCCAGCUGCACACGCUGGUCAUGUGGAACGCGGGGAAGAUGCAGCGGCUUCCAAGCGACAUGGGAUGGGCUGUGCCGCAGCUGAGGGUUCUGCAGAUCCACUGUGCGCGGGAAUUGAGGGAGCUGCCGGACAGCAUUGGCGCUGCAUCCCGCCUGCGCCAGCUGCACCUCUUUGACUGCCCCGCACUGCACCACCUGCCUGCUUCUCUCGCCCAGCUUGCGUGCCUCCACGAGUUGCAUGUGGAAAACAGCGGCCUGCGCUGCCUUCCUUCAGGCAUUGCACAAUUUACCAGGCUUCGCAGUCUUAGCUUGCAUGGCUGUGUGGAGCUGCAGGGUCUGCCAGACGAUCUCACGGAGCUGAAAAUGCUGCAAUACUUGGGCAUUAAGAAUUGCAGCAAGGAUGUGUGGGGUGGGUGGGACAGAGUAUUAGAACCUCGUGGGCUUCAAAGUCGGUCCAUGUCAUCCUCAUCCUUUUAUGGAUCGCGGCUCCAUGCGAAGCCGUCUUCCCUCCCGGCGCAAAGAAAUGCCGGUGGAGCGGUUUCAGUUCGUGCUGACAUGUGGAAGAAGCUCGGUGGGCGAGGUCUGAUCAGGGAGGACAUUUUGAAGAGCGAUAAAGCCAAUGAGGUCUUGUGGAACCAGCCAGUAAGACCCGCGAAGGACACGACGAAGGAGAAGCUGCCGAUCGACAAGGAACUCGUUGAGGGCUUUGACAAGGAGCUCGAUGGCUUGACCGGCGGCUUUCCUGGUGGCGAGAAGGGGCUCGCUAAAUUCCUGAAAAACAACCCUCUGCCAGCCAAAUACGCAGCGGCUUCUUCGGAGCUCGCUAACGUUCAAAAGCGGUUGUCUGAAGCCGCAGCUGCCGCCGCCUCCUCCGUUCCCAAGCCCCUUGCGCCACCGUUGCUCAUGCCUGGCAUGACUGUCAAGGUUAUCAAUCCCAAGGACGCUUAUUACCAGUUCUCUGGCAUCGUCCAAAGACUGACUGACGGGAAUGUCGCUGUGCUGUUUGAGGGUGGCAACUGGGACAAGCUGGUGACCUUCCGACUGUCUGAAUUGGAAAGGACAAAGAAGGGACCUCCCGGCUCUAACCCGAAGUCCGCGUCCCUCCAGUCAGACCCUGCCUUCCAGAAGUAG